CCCUUAUUCUGUUCUUUAUGUAAUCCUGUUAAAUCAAGCCAGUUGAGAAUUAAUUGGUUUUUAAUCUUCAUUUUUGAUUGGGCAUAGUUCUAUUUUUAGAUCUAACUAGUUUUGGAAUAUAUUUUUUCUUUAGCUUUGAAGAAUAAUGAUUAAUUAGCUAAAAUGGAAGAGUGGUUUUUGGUAUACUGAGAAAUUUGAAAUCAGUGAGUGUAUUGACCAAAUGCUCUGAGAUCGAACUUUUGCAAGGCAGGCGGUCGCUUUUAUCUUUGUUAAAGGUAAAGGAGUGAUUAUUUUCUGUGCCCUUCAAUUAACAGUUAGGUACUUCAAUUAAUGUGCAACUAAAUUCGAUCAUAAGUUGGAUCCAUAGGAGAGAUGGGGACAUUUCCAUAUCACACCAACUGGAAAAGAUUGGUGUUCCUUUUGACUUUUAUUGGUUUUUCUGUUAUUCUUUGCAUAAUACUACAUUCUUAGACCCUGUUUCAUCUUCUCUCUGGUAUGUACAGACCUGAUUUGUCUUCUUCUCAAGAUGGAUGAUCUGUUACCGUUAGUAUACAAUGAAAAUAUAGUUUGCGGGAUGAGCAGUCUAUCAAAUGGUUACAACUGGUUAUUUCUACUAUUAAAUAGAGAGAAAAUACUUUGUUAAGCGGUCAUUAUAUUAAAAAUAUUUGAAUUCUGCAAAUAAUUUACUGAAAAAGGUAGCCUCUUGGCCACUUCUUGGCCGCUCCUUUAUGCCAGGUUAAAAACAUACUUGAGAAGCUCAGGACAGUUUGCAAUUUUUGCUAAUUAUAUUGAUUAAGAGACUACUAAUACGGGAUUGCUGUUUUGAAGAUAUCCAAUACUUCAAAUACAGGGGCAACUCUCAGUUCCUUCCACUUCAGUUAUGGCUAAAUGGACGGACAUGGAAAAUUAAGAGAUUUAAUUUUUCCUUAGGAAUGACUCUUUAUUUUGAAUGUUGAACUUUUUUACUUUGCGUGUAGAAUGUAGGAGAUUAAUAAAUCUAUUUAGAAUGCAAUUUUGAAUGAGAAACUUGGCUGAUAUGAGAUUAAUGAAUAUUUUUUCCUUUA